AUGUUAGGGCAACGAGGCAAGGAGGCCAAAGAAGGCGGCCGAAACAGUUCGCAAAUGAACCGCAGAGAAGGCUGGAUUCCUAUUCUUUUCCCCAAGAGCACUCUUUCCAAAUCAUCAAUUUGCAUAGCCUCGCUACCUACAAUACCCAUUUCCACCAUGCACAUUGAAAUCAGUCUUGCGGAUGAUAUCGCCAGUCAACCAUCGUCGAUUGACUUGGAGAUGCCAACUCCGCCGCAAGAUGUGAGGGAUGUGGUCCUCGUCGACAGAAAACCUGGCGCUGCAGACCAGCCUGUUCCCACAGGAAUGACACUUGGUUCGAAGGAGCUUUACAGAGAGGACGAAAGAUAUCCAUGGGAUGACUGGAGUCCUGAUGACAUUGACUUGGACCCCGAAGAAACACCGGAAGAGUAG